ACCUAAAUAGUCCAAUCAACACUUUAUUAGUUAGCACGCGAACACGCUACAUGUGGGUCCAGUCGUCAGCUUUGUUUGCGUAUUAAUGUUUUCCGGCUCAUUAGACUUUAACUGAAAUUAUGUCUCGCAACGAAAUAUGUUAUUCGGACAGAUACAGUGACGAACAUUAUGAGUACAGACAUGUUGUCCUGCCUCGGAAAAUGGCUCAAUAUGUUCCAAGAUCGCACCUGAUGUCCGAGGACGAGUGGAGACAACUGGGAGUGCAGCAGUCCCAAGGAUGGGUCCACUACAUGAUUCAUAAACCAGAGCCACACAUCCUCCUCUUCAGAAGGCCUCUACCAAAGCACUGACAUCAUCCCACUCAUGCUAAUUAUUGUCAUCUGUGCAUAAGUUGUAUAUUCGCAGCUAAAGAGCACAGUUUGUACGAAGUCAUGGACAUCAACUGUUACUCAGUCAAACAACACUGCACUCUAAUGUCUGAUUUGCCAUCUCAACUGCAAUCUGCAUGAUAUGUCUGUUUCUGAUCUGUGCAUGGUGAGGAGUUUGCAUUUGUCUCGGUCAACCUCAUUGAUUUCAUGGAAUCAGCAAGAAGAGAACUGUCUUGUGACUUUGUGCUAGCACCACGACAUGUGUCGAUGAUGCAAAUGGAAAAUACUCAUAAUAAUGCUGCUUUUUCUCUUCAGAAUUUAAUAACGGGAUAUCUUGCUUGACUUGUAUUAAUGUUACUGAAUGGAGAUUGUCAAACCACUCUCAGACCACGUUUACUGAAAAUGACUUGAUUUACAUAGAAAUAUUUUGAUAUCUUUGCUGCUGUAACACUCAAGUCCUAUUUGAUAAACAAUGAUCCAUCCACACCA